GUGUUGAGUUUGAGGUAGAACUAGUGUUACAAAAUUGUAAGUAGGGUAGGUAGAUAGAAAUGGCAUCAAGCUCCAUGAAGUGGAGUGCUAAGGAGAAUAAGGAUUUUGAGAAGGCGUUGGCGGAGUUCGGGGAGAACAGCCCGGACCGGUGGGUCAAGGUGGCGAGGGCGGUGGGCACGCGCACACCGGAGGAGGUGAAGGCCCACUAUCAGAUCCUCCUCGAAGAUGUGAAACAUAUUGAGAGCGGCAGAGUGCCCCUUCCCACACACUGGAAUGGCUCCAGCUCCGACGAGGAUGAGAAGCCGAAAGUGGGUUGAUGGAGUGGCGGUGUUUCGAUGUAGUAGUGAAACAAUUAAUUAAAGGUGGAUCAUAUAUAUAUAUAUAGGCAUGUUAAUGUGGGAAAUUGGAAUUAUGUAAGCCUUGAUGAUUUGGUAUUGGCCAACUUGCAUGUACUUUCAACUUAUUUAUGU